GUUUUUAUCAAAUAUGGCGGACGCUUUGGGGGAUGAAUGGUGGUUGAGUGAAAAAGACGUCGAGGAUACAGGUAAAUUCCCUGCUUUGUGAAUUUUCUUCCUUUUUUGAGAAAAUAAUGAUUAUUAAUUAUCUUUACUUGAAUUUUACCAUAAGAGAUUGAAACAGAACGGAAAAAUAAGCGGCGAAAAGGUGAAGAUGUCGAAGGUCAUUUGGAGAACAACAGCAGUAAACAAGUGAGUAAAGAGUUUGCCAAACUGUCUUUGUAGCCUUGUAUUUGGUUAUUUCUUUAGUCUUUGUAGUCAUCCUCUGCUUAAAAUAAGGCGCAUGAUCGAAUUACCGGAUGGGACGCGUCUCCAGAAAGUUAUUUUGUCUAUCUUGCCCACCAACCGGCAGAGAAUAGGUCUCGUUGAUAAUUUUUGUUGUACGCUGUGUAUCUUUCACUGAAAUCCUGUGUUAUUUCUUGUAGAUAAAGCUCAGUGAUGAUGGUCCAAAUGAAUCAAAAGCAAAGAAAAGGAGGAAAAAGUCUAAGGUAUUACUUCUUUGUAACUGAAAGAUACUGCUGUAACUAGCCAGGAUCUCCUCUGUUAGUAUCUUCUUGGAAUUAUGAUUGAGACAGGUUGAAAUAGGUGUGCCAUAAUUGGAGUGACACUUAUUCGUGUGUCUUCUUCCAGUUGUAGAUUAACCUUGCCCCCUUUUUUUUAAUGGUUGAUUUAAUUAGCUUUUAGUGGUGUAUUCACAAAACUUGUGAUUACAUUUGACAACCCUUACAGCUAGAUAUAAUCAUGAAUGCCCUUUGCAAAUCUGGAAGGCUAUAUACUGAGGAAGUACUAAUAUAUUUGUUUGGAGAAUUUCCAUGCUAUUGUCAUCAAAAAUUUUAAUGAUUGUAAUAUGUGAAUGCUGUAACAUUUUACAGAUUGAAAGUAUAUCAACAAAACUUCAUGGCUCAGAAGCACCCAAUGUAUUGUGGUCAACUUUCUGUGACAGUACUGCAGGAUCACUGACAACAUUAGAACUUGAAGAUGUGAGCAUUGAUGGUAAGAAGAGAUUAUUUACAGCACCAAGGAAGACAAGAUGUAGCUUUAAAGCUUGUGCUUUUUGUUGACCAAAUUGCAUGAUGAUUUUGCAUCCUAUUAAGCAUCAGUCUAAACAGCUUGAAGCCAAAAAUUGACUUUCUUUUUCAUACCUACCCCCCUUCCCUCACUCAAAGCUCACCCAUUUAAAGAAAUGAGAUAUCCAAUGAAGAUCUCUACUGACCCCUUUUUUUCUGUGCACUUAAACACAAGUAGUUAAGAGUCUGUUGAGAAUCACUGUCCAUGUCAUUUGAAGGGUAGAUUAACCAGAAAUUAUGAUAAAGAAAGUUUUUAAAGUUAUUUUUAAGUUAUUUUUUUCUGUAAACAGUGUGAAAUAAUAAAACUUGGAAACUUGGAAACCUUGGAAACUUAGCCAAAAAUAUUGAACAGUAAUAGCUAUACUCUUUGUGAGAGACAUAGCUGCCUUUUGUGGUGAAUUCUUUUGUAAUUGGACAUCAAGAUCCAGAUUAACACCUUGGCAAGCAUCUUUGUUAUGUGUUAUUUGCAAAGAAAGUUAAUUUUCACUCUGCUUGUCUCCAACCAGGAGUAUAAGAAUUUCUGAUCAUGGUCUGUUAGUUCUCUGACUCCCAGUUGACGGGCACAGGGGAACUGUUCACGAAAUUUGACAGAACUUGAGAAGGGUAACCUGGUAUAGACUAAUAAUGUCCCAUCCAAUAGAAGUAGCAAAUGUUUCUAGUUGCUUUACAAUGUGCAAACCUGAGUUGGUCAAACUAUGCAAGUUAUUUUUGGAUGCAGGCUUGCCUAAGCACAUUCCUGGAAGGGCCAAGAGCUUGUAGCCUUAAUUCUAAAUGAGACAGUGAGUUUGGAAUUUCUGAAGUUUAAAGUCUCUCAGCUUUGUUUAUUGCUGUGGUAUGCAAUAAUUUGUAUGGUAAAUUUAAUACAGAAGAUUUUGGAAGUAGUUGUUUUCAAUUUUUAUAUUUUUAGAUUCCUGUUGUUUGGUGGACGAUUCUAUUCACAGCGGAUCUCUAAAUGAACUCCUUUCUUACCUGAAUAAUGGUGGGUGUCACAACCAUUUAUGCUAUGCCUGUAGAGUGUACAGCUCUAUUGAACUGCACACAUGUGAUAACCCAACACAUUUUGAUAACAAAGAACACUUUGUGGGACAUAAUCAGUUACCUGACUUGAACAGGCAAUUUCUGAGCCUGAGAACACUCAGUUUGAAAUGAGGCUACAAUGUAGGUGCAAACCUUUCUUGAAAGGAUUGGUUUUCUCCCCAUGAAAAUUACAAACAUUACCAUAAUGUCAAGAGAACAGAGGGGAGAAUAUGAACUCUAAUGUUUGGGUGUAAAGGGUUAAGUGUUAAAAUGGGAGGAAAAUUACCACAAAAGAUGAUGUUUAUGGCCCAGUGUAUUAAGAAAAAAAAUCCACAUGCUCCAACUCAAGUUGAAGGUGUGACCUUUCAGUUAGUUCUUCGAAUCCAUCACUGAUUGUCUUUCAUCUGAUUGCAUCUGUUGCAGUUGUUCCUCAGUGGACAAGAGAUGUGGAUAAACUAAACAAUAAAGGUGAUCAUGGCUCUCCCUUGCUCCUGUUUGUUUCAUCAGCAGCUACAAGAGUUGUGGAACUUAACAGGUUAGUAAGGCAUUUAUGAUGUAUCCUAAACUGAUUACAGUUUAAGCGGAAGGCAAGUCCUGUAAAUAAUGUGCAAGGAACAACAAUGGGGUAAACGGAAAAGAUGGGUUGGGGGCAGUAGGUUAUAAUCCAAGGGGUAAUUGAAAAGAUGGGAUGGGUCAUUAGACCAUUAUCCCAGGGAUAAGGGGAAUGAGAGGUCUAGAGAUCUCAAGAGAUUAAUCUACUUGGUGAAUUACCUGAAGACAUGAAAUUCCUCUUACUCUCUACAGGGCAGCGACAGAAUUCAAAGGAAAAUGCAAAACGGUUAAAUUAUUCGCCAAGCACAUGAAGGUAGAAGAGUUUACAUGUUUAAGGCAAGCUCUGUGGGUUUCUAGGUUGAGAAAUUAAAUUAUUUGGGCUAUGAAGCCGUUUCGACGAUAAGAAAUGAGUUUGGGAAAAUAUUUUUGGGAUAGGUAUCCGCUUUUCCAACGCUUUUUAAAAGAACCAUCGCGCAAUUUGACAUCGUGGUGGUGUGACCGUUUGACGCCCAUCUCCUUUAGUUCGCGCUCAGUGAACCAGGAAAAAUGUCAUAUUUCCUGAAAACCAGGCGAUAAAAUCGCCUUUUUUGUCCUUGAAACUGUUAUGGCGCGCGUGACGUGUGUGAAUUUUACCGCUUUCAGAUCUUCAUCGCUCAUUCCAGGUGGAAUUUAUUUCUGCAGGUUUCAGAACAGGAGCGGUUUCUAGAGUCCCAGGUGGUUCAUUUCGGUAUUGGAACACCAAGUCGAAUUUUAAAGCUAAUACAGAAUGGUGAGCGGGCUCUGUUUGUAAUCAGUCGACUCCAAAUUGCCUCUUUGCAUGCUUUUAGCCAUGACGCUCGAUUGCUGAGCAAGCCUCGGAGUAGCCCCUCGAUAUUAGUGCUUCGGCACGACCACGGCACAAGCGUUUCUUCGUUUCGUUGGGAAAGUACGAGGCCUUGAGCUACACGAACCCCGGAAAACCUAUCCCUGCAUGACUUGUCUCAAAUCUCCCCGCGGGCGGAGAAACGCGCGUCCUGCAGCGCUAAUAAUAAGAGCCUACUGGGCAGCUAUUGCUAAGCAAGAGUGCUGAUUCGUCUCAGUAACUGAACAUGCUUAGAGUAGUUUUACCUCAGCCCAGUUUUGCAUCUCUCUCAACAAGAGCCCUUUAGCUCAUUAUGAGGUAACGACCCACGAGAAUCUGGGGGGUACUGGUUCGUACCCCUUCGAAACCUAAAUUGUUUUCAGACUUCCUUUUCUGUAAUUUCUUCCAUUGCAGUUCACUUGCGAGGAUCAUUUUGUUGAUUAAAGAUUCUUUUUUCACACUUUCAGAUUCAUUAAAAACUAAAAGAUUGAAGUAUGUAAUUCUUGACUGGACAUGGAGAGAUCAAAAGCUGCGGAGAAUGAUAGAUAUACCAGAAGUACGUAGUUAAUCAUGUCCGUGGUAAUAAACCUCUGUUUACAAAGCCAGACAGACUGAAAGGGUUCUUGUAUAACAGAUGUUUAUUUAAGCAAUAAACCGCACUUUUUAUUGGUUUCCCUUUACAAUACCUCAGUCGGGAUUUUGGAAGAACACUAUUGUACUGCUUGUUAUAUAUUAUUUCUAAACUGGGAGUACAAGAGAACUCUCCAGACCCUUCUUGUCCAUGCGUUUCUCCUAAACUAUGGGUUUGCUUUUGCCUGGGAUUGGUAAACGCCAGUCUGUUGGUAAGACAAAGGCCCACAAACGGCCAGCUCCAAAAGGUCUGAUUUUUUUAUUACGUGUUACUUAAAUAGGCAUUAAUUUAUUAAUCCCUGAAAUAACAUUACUAUAAGCGACUAAUCAGUGGCCUUUCUGAUGUUCUCUUUCCUGAUUUCAUUUUUUAGGUGAGAGGAGAACUCAUUUCGUUGUUGAAGGAUUUUAUUUUUCCUUUAGCAAAAGCUUCAAAGCUCAAGAUUGGAUUAUUCUAAUGCUGGAACAUGCCCCUUUUUCCGGUGGUAAAUGUACAUAGCUAACUGGCACGGAAUGCAGAUCCGAAUUCCUUUGAUUACAGCGAACAAAGUUUAUUAAAAUCUGUAUAGACUUUCCCAUA